AGGCGAUAGAGGCACAUUUACACAGGUGAAAGGUGGAUUUUAACGCACCUCUGCUCGGGGUUUGCUCAUGGAAACUGAAGUGGAUUUUUAAGGGAAUAAUGACGGACUUCAGAACUGGCCCUUUGUAUUUCUUUGACCAGCCAACAAAAAACCGGAUUAAAGGAUCACGAAGCAACCUCCUGCAUUUUGAUAUGGCAAAUGAAGGUGCGAGUUUAGACGACACUAUACAAAGUGAUCGAGACGACAAUGAAGAAAGUGAUGAGCCCACUCAGAGGCUGUCAGAUGAAACAUGUGGGGAUGGUAAACCUGAUACCUCCUGUGUCUGUGCUGCACUCAACAUAAAGGACCAGGAUCCGAUGGAUGCAUACAAGCGGGCAGCCCCGCAUUUAUUAAACCAGUUGGCUCACCUCCUCUCACAGCACAAGUGGACUGAGGAGGGACGUCUUCCUCACGGGAUUGUAAAUAUUCUGAAUUACUCCUGGCAGGAUCUGACUGCAGGGUCUGUGCGCCUGAAAAGUCCGGAACAAACCGACACACGACGAAAGUCCAGAGGGUCCGUGAAGUUGGAUGAAUCCCGUCAGGUGUCCGCCAAAAACAAGAGGGAGGCAGGAGAGAGGAACUCAUGUGCUGUGGAGAGUGUUGGUCAAUCUAUGAGAGACGUCAGCUCAAAGCCACGUGUGAAAAAGCGCAAAAACAAUUCAAACAGAGCUCACAACUCCACCAUCGUCAGUCUCUCCAUCUCAUCCAACAACUGCAGUAAUCCAGGCUGGAUCAUCCAACCAAGGCAGCCCUCCUGUGACAAGCCUCAGCAGAUCGCUUUGAGUCAGUGGGUGGUGGAGCGACUCCAGGCGGCAAGAAACCCUGAAAACCUGCAAACAGCUGGACAGGACCUGAACAAACUUAUACUCCGUCACUAUGGUGAUGCAAAGGCAAAACUGAAGGACAGGAGAGCAAGGAGAAAGGCCCAACCUGUCACUGUAGUCAACGGGAUGCCCCAGAUACCAGAAAUGAAGCAGCAGGAUCUGACACAGCAGCAGAAACUACACUACAGGAUCAACGAUGGCUCCUCGUUCAUAUACUACCCGUCUGGGGGUAUCGCAGUAUGCCAGAGCCACUCAGGUCUGCCCUGUGGAGGCUUCUAUACCAACGUGUUUAGUGACAGCGAGUCUCCUGCUAUGCUGGCGACUAUCACAGCAUUUGGGCAUGGGGCAGUUACACAUCCUCUGAGCUCUUCCAUUAGAGCAGUGUGGAACCAGGACGGAGGAUUCAUAUGUGGCCAUCACGGGGACAUAACUAAGGAGUGGAGCUGGCAGACAGACCGCACGCCAAAGGAGAAGAUUGUUAUUCAGUUGUCAGAUGUAAUCUCUGUGAGGCUGCACAGUGGUACAUCUGCCAUGCUCAUCUUCAGAUGUAACAAUGAAAGCAUUCAACUUCCUCUUUCUGCUGUGUCGAACAUUAACCAAUCAAAGGAAAUGCCUUUUUUGCAGACCGAAGAAAUGUUUGCCUCUGGCUUUGCUCAAGACCUUCUGCUGGCAAGAGAGACAGAAUCCCCUACUGUGGUCCUGAAGAGCAACAGGAACCUGACACUAACACCUGUGUCUGCGUGCUCCCGGGAGGUCCUCCAGAUGGUCGGAGAGGUGGAGGGGCUGGAGGAGCCGACAACACUGUGGAGAAGAGGAGGGCAUGUUGGCAGGGAGCUGAAGAGGCUUCAGCAGAGAGUACGAAACACCCUGGAUGGCUGGCUGGAUUACUAUCGCAUGGCCAUUGGUAUCAAGUGUCCUGACAUGAAGCGGAUGCCAGAUGCCCCACUGAGAACCAGGCUGAGGAGGGAGGUACAGUCAGCUGCUCUGCCCUCUCUGAACCCACCUGAGCGGGCAGAUGCUAAACCAGUCCAGCCUGAGGAGGGCACGAAUGAGUUACAGGAACUGCACAGGGUGUCACCAACACCGGCAGAAAGACCUCUGGACUCCUCCGUUAAGCUGCCAAGGACACGAAAAACACGAUCAAAGGAGGAGCCUCGUGUCACACAGAUAGGACCCCUUCAAAUUCAUGGCAACAUCAAUCUUGAGUCAGUGAUUAUUCCAAACAGUGCAGAUUUGCAGCCCUCCGCUGUCACCCGCCGUCCACCCCCGCCAUCGUUCACCCCCUCCACCCCCCUCACAGUGUGCCCCGCUCUGCUGAGAGCUGCCCUGCUGGGGGAGGGGGGGCGCAGGCGGUGCUGCUGCAGCGCUAAGCUGAUGCCAGCGGUGACAGACCUGGAGUAUGAUGCCUUCGUUAUGGGCCAGCCUCCACACAGUCAACAGAUCCUGGUGGUGUGCGUUACUCCUCCGCACCAAGCCGUCAACGCACAUGCUGUGCCCGGGCAGGACGUGCUGGAGCAGUUUUACAGGAGGAGGAACAAACACAGAACCAUGCCAUGUACUCAGUGCCAGAUGGACUCAUUUCGCCUGGUGAGGUAUGAGAUGUCAACAGGGGAGCCCAGCUGUGGAGGGGAGAACAUCCUGCUGCAACAGCGGCACAACGCAGCCCCUGGCAUGGUCCUGAUGUACGUCAGAGGGAAGCUACUGUUUGUGGGCUACGUAUUCAGUGGUCACAGCUGCUCAGUCAGGGACCUUCAAAAGCAAAUCUCCAGAACCAGGGGAGACUACAGAUUAGGUCUGAGCCUCCCUCCAGACUACAAGUUCAGUGAUACAGGUAAAACCCCUGCAGCCACAGAUGCACACAGCUCACAAAAUGCAACACUAAAAAGAGGAGAUGACACAACACCGACUGCUUCAGUGGAAACGGAAAAGGCCAAGCAGAGAAAAAACAAUCAAGUUCCUGAUGGUUCAUGCCAACGACAGAUGGACUUUUGUAUCAAACCGAAGAAGACUGCAGCACUCCCUCGUGUUCCUGUUAUCACACACUGAAUACGCUCCAGUGACAAGAUUAUAUCUGCAUCGGUCUACUUGUGUUAUUGAAAAAAAAAAAAAAAAAAAAAAGUCUUCACACUACACCAGUUGUGGGCUCAAACUUGAGGUUGAUGUGCGGUCAGAGUGCAAACACCAUGUGUUUACUGUGUGGGUGGCACUGCUGAUAAGCCUUAUCAGUAGCUGAGGUGCAAAAUGUUUUUUGACUUAUGACCAUGAAGAGACUGUGUGACAAUGUUUCAGUGGGCCUUUAUAUAAAUAUUAAUGAAAACUUCUUUAAUUAAA